AUGGCAGAGUAUUUGGUAACUGGAGGAACUGGCUUUAUUGCUUCUUACAUCAUCAAAUCACUUCUCCAAUUAGGACACACCGUUCGAACCACUGUCCGAAACCCUCGUGAUGAAGAAAAGGUGGGUUUUUUAUGGGAAUUGGAAGGAGCAAAACAGAGGCUGAAGAUUUUCCAAGCUGAUCUAACGGUGGAAGGAAGCUUUGACGAUGCAGUGAACGGUGUCGAUGGAGUAUUCCACACGGCUUCUCCUGUUCUUGUUCCACAAGAUCAUAACAUUCAGGAGACUUUGGUUGAUCCAAUCAUAAAGGGUACUACCAAUGUGAUGAACUCUUGUGCAAAGUCCAAAACUUUGAAAAGGAUUGUUCUUACAUCUUCUUGCUCUUCGAUUCGGUACCGUUUCGAUGCCACGGAAACCUCUCCGCUCAACGAGUCGCAUUGGAGCGACCCUGAAUACUGCAAACGCUUCAAUCUUUGGUACGGAUAUGCAAAGACUCUAGGGGAGAGAGAGGCUUGGAGGAUAGCUGAAGAGAAAGGGUUAAACUUGGUGGUUGUGAAUCCUUCAUUUGUGGUUGGUCCAUUGCUUGGACCAAACCCCACAAGUACUCUUCUUAUGAUCCUCGCCAUUGUCAAAGGUCUUGCUGGAGAGUAUCCGAAUUUCACGGUCGGGUUUGUGCAUAUAGACGAUGUAGUUGCUUCACAUAUAUUAGCCAUGGAAGAGACUAGAGCAUCGGGGAGAAUCAUAUGUUCGAGUUCGGUUGCUCAUUGGUCUGAGAUCAUUGAGUUGCUAAGAAAAAAGUAUCCCAAUUACCCAUUUGAGAACAAGUGCAAUAACAAAGAAGGGGACAAUACUCCGCAUAGUAUGGAUACAAAGAAGAUACAUAAGUUGGGAUUUGCAUCCUUCAAGUUACUACCUGAGAUGUUUGAUGAUUGUAUCCGCAGUUUUCAGCAGAAGGGUCUGCUCUGA